AUGCCACCACCACCACCAUCACCACCAUCAUCUUCCUCCUACCUGCAGUGGGUUCCCUUCCAGGGCCAGCUGCCCUCCGAUGCUGUCUCCAACUGGAACCAGGAGGCUCAGAGGUUGGAGUUCGUUUGCUCCACCAGGGUCCAGCACUGCAACGUUGGAGCCUACGUCCCCCAGAGAGGUCCUCUCUGCUUCUACCCUUACCAGGGCAGGGAGAGGUCCACCAAGGACUUCAAGAUCUUGGUCAACCUUGGUGGCUUCGAAGCCCUGGACUGGGUGGAGGACUCCUUCGGAGGGGUGCCCGAGGCGGGGGUGGAAGGUUGUCCCUCCGUGGACAUCUUCGUGGGGAGGAGCAAAUAUGGCCUGGGGAAGGUCUCCAGGGAGCACAGAGCCCUCUUCGUGGUGGACCCCCAGGAGGGGGAGGAGCUUUGGCUGGCCUGGUACCAGGUCCUGGUGGUCCGCAGGGGCCCGGCGGUGGUCACCCUCGGGGAGGUCCUCUAUGACCUGGGCGGGGUGGUGGAGACCCCCCCCGAGGAGGUCACCCUGGCCAGGACCACCCUGAGGAACCAGGGCUGCCAGAAGAGCCUGCAGGUGGUCACCAUGAGGGAGGACACCGAGGUGGAGCUGGACUGGCAGCUGGAGCAGAAGACCUUCGCCACCCUCCGGGGGGUCCUGGAGGUCUCUCCUCUGACCUUCAAUGGCACCUCCUGGGAGGUCACCCCCGGGGCCACCUCCAGCCUGCCCUGGCUGGGGGCAGCCAGCAGCAGCCUCUACGUCAGCCACAGCCUGGAGGUGGAGCAGGAGCUGGAGGCCCUCACGGCCUGCGAGGUGGCCAUGGAGGGACGGCGCCAGGAGGUCCAAGUCCCCUUCAGAGCCACCCUCAGGAGGGACUUCGGCCACGGCCACCUCCACCGCGUGGCUGUCAGGGGCUGGGCACAGGGCAGGGCCGUGGGGGAGGUCAGGGCUGGGGUCAAGCAGUGUUGGCCACUCCCUGCUGGGACCCCCUGCCAGGGGUAG